CUGGAGGGAAUGCAGUGGCCUCAUCAAAGACCCGAAGAAGAAUGUGAAAAAUCUUCUACUUUUCCAGAGGUCGGCUGUGAGGCCAGCCCCUUUUCUGCCGCCAUGGCAACCAUGCAAGGAAUGGAAGGGACCAUAUCAGAGGCUGGUCCUGGUGGGUACCAGCUGGAGCAGCCCUCUGUUAUCCAGUCACAUCUGUGGAAAAGGAUGCCAGAGAAGUUUUUGAAGGGGGAGCCCAAAGUCCUUGGGGUCGUGCAGAUCCUGAUUGCCAUGACGAACCUCAGCCUGGAAAUAAUAAAGAUGAGUGCCGUAUUGCCACUUUCUGACACACAUUCUGUUUCAGGGCUGGACGUGUACAUAAUUGGGAGGCCAGUGAUGUUUAUUAUUUCAGGGUCCUUGUCAGUUGUAGCAGGAAUUAGAACUACAAAAGGUCUGAUUCAAACUAGCCUAGGAUUAAACAUCUUCAGUUCUGUCUUGGCCGGAGUAGGGGUCCCCUUCGCUAUCUCCUCCUUGGAAGACUUUCAAGCAGGUGUCUCUGCCUGCAUCUUUUAUCAGAGGUUGGAGAGUUGUUCCAUGGCCAUGGCCAUUUUACUGAGUCUGGAUGCUGUGGUGCUCCUUUUAACCGUGCUAGAGUUCUUCGUUGCUCUGACCCUAUCUGCCUUUGGAUGCAAAGUCACCUGUUGUCAUCCUGGCGGGGUUGUGUUGAUUCUGCCAUCGAAUCCUCAUGUGGCGGAAACAGCAUCUCCCACACCAUUUACAGAGGUCUGA